CCUCUCCGCACUUCCUUAGCAGCGUGCUAGCUGCUAGCCAGCUGCAGCGUGCUGUUCCUACGAACUUUCAGGCACGAUGAGCGGUAGGGUGAGCGUGGCUAUUGCCGGGGUGUGUGGAGCUCUUUUCAUUGCAUACUGCAUUUAUUUCGACAGAAAGAGAAGGAGUGACCCUCGCUUUAAAGAAAAGCUACGUGAACGUAGAAGAAGGCAAAAUGCCUCCAAAGAGAAGUCUGGACUGGCAAAGCUGCCUGAUUUGAAGGACCAGGAAGCCGUCCAGAAAUUCUUUCUGGAAGAAAUCCAGCUGGGAGAGGAGUUAUUGUCACAAGGUGAGUUUGAGAAGGGUGUGGACCACCUGACCAAUGCAAUAGCAGUAUGUGGUCAACCUCAGCAGCUACUUCAGGUGCUUCAGCAGACGCUACCGCCUCCAGUUUUCCAGAUGCUGCUCACCAAACUUCCCACCAUCAGCCAGCGAAUCAUCAGCUCUCAGUCUUUAACAGAAGAUGAUGUCGAAUGAAUGUGCGUGAGAUGGAAAUCUUAAUAUUCCAUGAAGGGAUUUCAGACACUGAUGCUUGUGCAAUGUCUGGAACGUGACUGCAACUGUGUACGAGAUUGUGAACCUGGUUAUGAGAGGGCUCGACAUUUGAAAGUCACAUUAUGAUUUCACCCCCCCCUGCCCCGCAGUCAUGGCAGUCCAAGGUUAAAAAGCCUCCUCAAGGCCUCUGGGAAAUGUUAAGCACAUUCCAUUCCAUCUGUCUAAUUUUGUUCCCACCAGAUGUUUAUAUGUUAUUCUAUAUUUUCCUCAAAAGUAAUGAUGUGUUAUGUUUUGUGUGUGUGAUUGGGGGGGGGGGGGGGUGCAAACAUGUUAUGCACUAAAUAAAAGAAAAAAACAAAGGUAUGUAAAUGAUUUGUUACAUACUUCUGUGCGGUUGACAAACAUAAAAUUUGUCAGAGUGCCUACACAAAUCAAAACACUUGUGGAAUAUUGUCAAGUUUGUUCAUCCUUUUUCUUUCUUCAAUGUCAGUCAAAUGUUAUUUUUAUAUUUCAGUCUUUCAUAUGUAUUUUAUGUAUUUUGAUGUGUAAAAUCCUAAAAUAAAUCAUGAAAAACACUGAUUUUCUCAAUUUCUGUUUGCCAGUAGGUGGCAGUAGCAAUGCACAGGAAAAUUUGAAGCAUUUACGGUUUGAAAAUAAAGAUUGUGUGCAAUUUUCA